CUACAUUCUAACAUGGAACCGAAGCCCACUAAUUUCCUACCAUUAAUAUUUGACUCCACCCCUGAAGACUCUGGUCUCCUAUCCGCAAUUCACCCUUCUCCUUCAGUCCUUCAUCGUCCAACGAGUUGAAUAUGGCAGAAAAAAGUACACAUGCGAGUGGACAAAAAUCGGGAAACCCUAACUCUGUACUGAAUGAAAGAAUCCUGUCCUCUAUGUCUCACAAAUCUGUAGCUGCUCACCCAUGGCAUGACUUAGAGAUUGGUCCAGGUGCACCAGCAGUGUUUAAUUGUGUUGUUGAAAUAGGAAAGGGUGGAAAAGUUAAGUAUGAACUUGAUAAAAACAGUGGCCUUAUCAAAGUGGAUAGAGUCCUUUACUCAUCUGUGGUUUAUCCACAUAACUAUGGGUUUAUUCCGAGGACUAUAUGUGAAGAUGGUGAUCCAAUGGAUGUCCUCAUACUUAUGCAGGAGCCUGUUUUACCUAGCACCUUUCUUCGUGCUCGUGCAAUUGGAUUAAUGCCUAUGAUCGAUCAGGGUGAAAGGGAUGACAAGAUAAUAGCAGUGUGUGCUGAUGAUCCUGAGUUUCGUCAUUAUAAUGACAUCAAAGAACUUCCUCCACACCGUCUUGCUGAAAUCCGGCGGUUUUUUGAGGACUACAAGAAGAAUGAGAACAAAUCUGUGGCAGUGGAAGACUUCUUGCCUGCUGAAGCUGCAGUUGAUGCUAUUAAAUACUCCAUGGAUUUGUAUGCUUCUUACAUUGUGGAGAGCUUGAGGCAAUGAUCCAAUUGCAGGCCUGGUUGAGGUUUUGCACCUUUAGGGCAAUCCCUGGGCCGAACAAAUGUCUGAACUUAUGUUGUGGUAAAAAGAAAUAUAUAGAACUUCUGGUAUAAAGACCAAAACAUUGCGUUAUCAAGCAGGUCUGAGUUAGGCCCUAGAGAGAAAACGCUAGAAAUAAUCUGUGGUUCUAUACAUCAUUUUAGCUGCUGUUGCUGCUAGUAAACUCUUUUUAAUAUGGAGUACAUGUUUAACAAAAUCAAG